CAUUUUCAUUUCCACGCUAGACGUUGUACGCCGCAGUACGUUUGAACGCUCGUGUGCGCUGCCUCAGCUCGUGUGCUCAGCUCAUUUUGCAAUUGAUUUUUUUAUUUUUUUUUUGAAAAAAAAGUAAUGAAAACACCGACGACAAAAGUUUACAAUUGUUAAAAUCAAAUAUACGCAUUGCCAUAGAAAACUACGUAAAGUGCAAGAACAACAACAACAACAACAAAAAAAACCACCAACAAUAUCAUCAAAAACAACAACAGUAGCAGCCGCAACAAAACACGACGACAACGACAACGACGACGAUACAACAGCAGCGUUUGUUUAAUUAUUAGCAACAAAAAUAGCCGCAAUUAUAGCCAACAAUAAAAACGUAACGCAAAUAAAGGACAUAUCCUGGACAUAGUGAGGGUAACCCGUUGUCCGGCAGACUGCUAACUAAUCAAGGUGAGCAGCGGGAGUUGAGAAGGAGGAAAUCAAAAGAAUCAGCGCCGUGUAGAGCGCGCGCGCGUGUCAAGAAAUCAAAUCAAAUUUGUUUGGCAACACACAAAAUAGCAACAUUUUAAUCGAAACAAUGGACUUUAUGAUGGCUAACACGGGCGCCACCGGCGUGGAUACACAGGCGCAGCUAAUGCAGAGCGCUGCCGCGGCGGCUGCUGUUGCCGCAACAAAUGCGGCUGCGCCCGUGCAGAAUGCAGCGGCCGUUGCCGCCGCCGCCCAACUGCAGCAACAGCAGCAGCAGGUGCAGCAGGCGAUACUGCAAGUGCAGCAGCAGCAGACACAGCAAGCGGUCGCCGCAGCGGCCGCGGCCGUUACGCAGCAACUGCAGCAGCAGCAGCAGGCCGUUGUCCAGCAGGCCGUCGUGCAACAGCAGCAGCAACAGCAACAACAGCAGCAGCAGCAGCAGCAGGUCGUGCAGCAGCAGCAAGUGCAGCAAGUACAGCAGGCAGUUGUUGCCGUACAGCAGCAGCAGCAGCAGCAACAGCAACAACAGCAGCAACAGCAGCAGCAGCAGCAGGUCGUGCAGCAGCAGCAGCAGCAGGUCGUCCAGCAGCAGGUGCAACAGGCCAACACGAACGGCAACUCAGGCGGCGCACAGAACGGCAGCAAUGGCAGCACAGAGACGCGCACAAAUCUGAUUGUCAACUAUUUGCCACAGACCAUGACGGAGGACGAGAUACGUUCGCUCUUUAGCAGCGUUGGCGAAAUCGAGUCGGUCAAGCUGAUACGCGACAAAUCGCAGGUGUACAUAGAUCCGCUGAAUCCGCAGGCGCCCAGCAAGGGCCAGAGUCUGGGCUAUGGGUUUGUCAACUAUGUGCGUCCGCAGGAUGCGGAACAGGCGGUGAAUGUCCUCAAUGGACUGCGGCUGCAGAAUAAAACGAUUAAGGUGUCGUUCGCGCGUCCCUCAUCGGAUGCGAUCAAGGGCGCCAAUCUGUAUGUGUCGGGCCUGCCCAAAACGAUGACCCAGCAGGAGCUGGAGGCCAUAUUUGCGCCAUUCGGUGCCAUCAUAACGUCGCGCAUCCUACAAAAUGCCGGCAACGAUACGCAGACCAAGGGCGUUGGCUUUAUACGCUUCGAUAAGCGAGAGGAGGCGACCCGUGCGAUUAUUGCCUUGAACGGCACCACGCCCAGCAGCUGCACCGAUCCGAUUGUGGUAAAGUUCUCGAACACGCCCGGCAGCACCAGCAAGAUCAUCCAGCCGCAACUGCCCGCAUUCCUCAAUCCGCAGCUAGUGCGGCGAAUUGGCGGCGCAAUGCAUACGCCCGUCAACAAGGGCCUGGCACGCUUCUCACCGAUGGCCGGCGAUAUGCUGGACGUGAUGCUGCCGAAUGGCCUGGGCGCCGCAGCGGCGGCAGCGACAACGCUCGCAAGCGGACCCGGCGGCGCAUAUCCCAUAUUCAUCUACAAUUUGGCGCCCGAAACGGAAGAGGCGGCGCUCUGGCAGCUGUUCGGUCCGUUCGGUGCUGUGCAAUCCGUUAAGAUCGUUAAGGAUCCCACAACGAAUCAGUGCAAAGGCUACGGUUUCGUUUCCAUGACCAACUACGAUGAGGCCGCCAUGGCCAUACGGGCCCUCAAUGGCUACACCAUGGGCAAUCGUGUGCUGCAGGUCAGCUUCAAGACCAACAAGGCCAAGUAAAGUGUGUGUGUGUGUGUGCCUCUCUCUAAGCCGGGGCCAAAACGGGACGCUAACCAGGGAGCCAAGGAGCAGCCAGCUGGAGUGCAACUACACACAAACACACGCAUACUUAUCUAGUUUAUACACACACACACUCACACACACACACACACACACACACACACACACAGACACGUCACUUAUACAUAUAUAAAUAUGCAUGGUCUAACAAUAACUAAGCGCAACAACAAUGCCUGUGUUUAACACACACACACACACCUACACACACCCUCACACACACCCACACCUACACACAGUACACAAAGACAUGCAGGCACGCCCCUUUGCGGGGCGUGUCGUCUGGCUUCAAAUCGCGUCUAAACAACGAAACGACGGCCCAAAAUGCCGGCCGUUGCAAUAGCAAAAUUCUUGUUUAGCAUUUAAGUAAAACUCGAAAGAAAGCUAAACUUAACUAAACUAAAAUUUAAAAAAAAAAAAAAAAAAACAAAAAAAAAAACAAA